AUGUCCGUCCACGACCCCGACCGCGACCACACUUCGCCUGACAAGGAUAUGGCUGCCUCUAAGCCCGCGCCGGAGCACGACGAACGGCUCUCGACAUCAGAAUUCGAAGAAGACGUCGAUAUUGACACGGCCAACCCGGCCUUUGUGAAGAGAGUCAAGCGAAAAGUCGACCUGAGGAUCUGUGUCGUGCUCGGCGUUCUGUAUACCGUCUCGUUGGUGGACCGGGUCAACCUACCUGUAAGUACUGUACUGUACCCAAAACAGAAUGCUGCCGUGGCUGGAAUGAGCACCGAUCUCAAACUCAAGGGGAAUGCUUAUUCCCUCCUCGUCCUCGUCUUCUUCCCCUUCUACAUCUCCUUCCAGCCACCAAUGACGGCGAUCGCGCGCAAAGUCCGCCCUCGCCGGUUUCUUUCGUUCAUCGUGACCGCCUGGGGUCUGGUCAUGGUCGGACAUGGCCUGGUGCAGUCCUGGCGAGCUAUGCUUGCCUUGCGAGUGUUGCUCGGCAUUCUAGAGGCUGGCUUCUUCUCGUCGUGUGCGUACGUGCUGUCAUCAUGGUACAUCCGGUCCGAGGUGGCCAAACGCAACGCCGCGUUCUAUCUCCUCGGCAGUCUGAUUGCCGGUUUUGGAGGAAUUCUGGCAUAUGGGCUUUCCAAAAUGGACGGUGUGGGCGGCCACGCCGGCUGGCGUUGGAUCUUCAUCAUGGAGGGCAUCAUCACCAUCUUCAUGGGGCUGCUCUCGUAUUUCAUGAUUGUCGACUUUCCCGAGGAUGCGCACAAGUCGUGGAAAUUCCUCAAGGAGGACGAGAUCAAGGUCGUCGUCGAUCGCAUCAACCGAGAUCGCCGCGAUGUCCACGCGCCUCCGUUCAAGCUUGUGCCGUACCUCAAGAACGGAUUGGACUGGAAGAUUUGGUUGUACGCCGCCAACUUCGGCCUGACUUCCGUCGUCACCUACGCCACUGCUUACUUUCUACCUAUUGUUCUUCGUCAAGGGUUGGGGUUUUCCGAGGCUGCGGCCCAAUGUUUGACUGCACCGUGCUACGCUUUCGCAUCUAUCCUCGGCUUCGCCGAAAGUAUGAUCUCAGAUCGAAUCGGUCUUCGAACGCCAUUCCUCCUCUUCAACUGCGUGAUUGAAGUCAUCGGCAUCGUGGUGCUAGGCUACGCAAAGGCCAGCGGCGUGCGAUACUUUGGCGCCUUUCUGAUCAUCGGCGGCGCCCAGUCCAACAUCCCCUUCAGCCUGACCUAUCAAGCCAACAACAUUCGAGGCGUGUGGAGACGGGCCUUUUGUUCGGCAACGAUUGUCGGUGCGGGUGGGAUUGGAGGGAUUAUUGGAUCUUUGACCUUUCGAAGUCAAGAUGCGCCAGAUUAUAGACCAGGCCUAUAUACUUGCAUCACGGCAGCGUGUGUGGUGUUUCUGUCCGUCUGCAUCACCACCGCCGAUUUCUUCGUACAGAACAAAAAGCAGAAACAAGGCCGGACCGUGAUUGAGGGGUUGGAGGGAUUCAGAUAUACUUAUUGA